AUGGAGCGAGCAGAUGGGCCGAGUUCAGAACUUGCUAAGGCCAUCAAACCUAUCGAUCGGAAGUCAGUCCAUCAGAUUUGUUCUGGGCAAGUGGUACUUGGUCUAAGCACUGCUGUGAAAGAGUUGGUAGAAAAUAGUGUGGAUGCCGGUGCAACUAGUAUUGAUCUCAGGCUUAAAGACUAUGGAGUGGAGCUCAUCGAAGUUUCAGACAACGGAUGUGGGGUAGAAGAAGAAAAUUUUGAAGGCUUAACUCUGAAACAUCACACUUCGAAGAUUCAGGAGUUUGCUGACCUCACUCAGGUUGAAACUUUUGGCUUUCGAGGGGAAGCUCUGAGCUCACUCUGUGCACUGAGCGAUGUGACUAUUUCUACCUGCCACACGUCUGUGAAGGUUGGGACUCGAUUGGUGUUUGAUCACAAUGGAAAAAUCCUCCAGAAAACCCCCUACCCACGACCCAGGGGGACGACGGUCAGUGUGCAGCAGCUAUUUUAUACGCUUCCUGUGCGCCAUAAGGAGUUUCAAAGGAAUAUUAAGAAGGAGUUCGCCAAGAUGGUUCAGGUGUUACAGGCAUACUGCAUCAUUUCAGCGGGUGUCCGUAUAAGUUGCACCAAUCAGGUUGGGCAGGGUAAGCGGCAGCCUGUGGUGUGCACCAGCGGAAGCUCCAGCAUGAAGGAAAACAUCGGAUUGGUGUUUGGGCAGAAGCAGUUGCAGAGCCUCACCCCUUUUGUGCAGCUGCCGCCUAGUGGCUCCAUCUGCGGAGAGUAUGGGCUGAGCUGUUCCCAGGCUCUGCAUGACCUGUUUUGUAUCUCAGGUUUUAUUUCGCACUGUGCUCAUGGCGUGGGAAGAAGUUCAACGGACAGACAGUUUUUCUUUAUCAAUCGGCGGCCUUGUGACCCAGCAAAGGUUUCCAGACUUGUGAAUGAGGUCUAUCACAUGUAUAAUCGACAUCAGUACCCAUUUGUUGUUCUUAAUAUUUCUGUUGAUUCGGAAUGUGUCGACAUCAACGUUACUCCAGAUAAAAGGCAAAUUUUACUGCAAGAGGAGAAGCUUUUGUUGGCAGUUUUAAAGACGUCUUUGAUAGGAAUGUUCGAGAGUGAGGUUAAACUGCAGGUCAGCCAGCAGCCGCUGCCGGCUGUGGAAGGUCACUUAAUAAAGAGGCCUUCGGCAGAGAUGGAGAAGCCCGAGCCAGAAAAGCAGGAUGAUCCUGCUCCAUUAAGGACUCACGGAGAAGAGAAAAGGGCAGUGACCAUUUCUAGGCUGAGAGAGGCCUUUUCCCUUCAUCACUCGACUGAGAACAAGUCCCGGGGUCCGAAGGCCACCGAUCCGAGGCGGGUUUCUCUGAGGCAGAAAAGCAGUGCCCAGUUCCCUAGAGCUUCGGGGCCCCCCUGCUCCCAGAAGCACAUCUCUGAACCUGGGGAGGAAGGGAGGACUUCUGCUCAGGGGCCCCGUGACUUGAUGGGCAGAGUGGAGAUGGAGGAGGACUCGGGGCACGGCAGUGCAUCUGCCAGCUCCGAGGAGGCAUCCAGCACCCCUGAGACGAGCGGCACUGAGAUGAGCACUGACCGGGUGGCAAGCUCCCCCGAAGACAAGUUUUCCCAAGAAAGUGUGGAGUCUCGGGAAAAGUUACCUGAAACUGACUGUCGUCUUUCAGGCACAAAGUGCCAUUUAGACCAAGAAAGCAGCUCUGCAUCUAGAGUCUUGCCACAGCCCACGAAGCUCUCAUCCCCAAACGCAAAGCGUUUUAAAAAAGAAGGGAUUCCUUUAAAUCCCGACAUCCUUCCAGAGUCGGUGAAAACCCAGAGUGCAUCGGCGUCCGAGGUGGAUGUAGCUGUGAAAAUUAACAAGAAAAUAGUGCCCCUUGAUUUUUCCAUGAGUUCUUUAGCCAAACGAAUAAAGCAGUUGUGUCAGCAAGAACAGCAGCGAGAAAGUCAACAGAAUUAUAGGAAGUUUCGGGCAAAGAUUUGCCCUGGAGAAAAUCAAGCAGCAGAAGAGGAACUAAGAAAAGAGAUCAGCAAAACGAUGUUUGCAGAAAUGGAAAUCAUUGGUCAGUUUAACUUGGGGUUUAUCAUCACCAAGCUGAAUGCAGAUAUCUUCAUAGUGGACCAGCAUGCCACAGACGAGAAGUACAACUUCGAGGUGCUUCAGCAGCACACUGUUCUCCAGGGUCAAAGGCUUAUAGCACCUCAGACUCUCAACCUAACAGCUGUCAAUGAAGCAGUUCUAAUAGAAAAUCUGGAAAUAUUCAGGAAGAAUGGCUUUGACUUUGUUAUCGAUGAACACGCGCCAGUUACUGAAAGAGCCAAGCUGAUUUCCUUGCCAACCAGUAAGAACUGGACCUUUGGACCCCAGGACAUAGAUGAGCUGCUCUUCAUGCUGAGCGACAGCCCUGGGGUCAUGUGCCGGCCCUCCCGCGUCCGGCAGAUGUUCGCCUCCAGAGCCUGUCGCAAGUCUGUGAUGAUUGGAACCCCUCUUAACACAAGCGAGAUGAAGAAACUCAUCAUGCACAUGGGGGAGAUGGACCAUCCCUGGAACUGUCCCCACGGAAGGCCCACCAUGAGACACAUUGCCAACCUGGAUGUCAUUUCUCAGAGCUGA